CGCGAUUGACGUUUAAGUUACACAAUUCGGAAAAGGUUUGCUUCGUGCAAAGAAUGUAUCGUGAGUUUUGAUACGAAGGAAAGUAAUGUCCAGCUGGAGGACUAUUGGUAUUCGUUCGCCAAUUCUUACCAGCGCAAAGGUAUCGCGAACCAUACCACAACAAUGGAUCCUCCAACGGCAGCAAAAUCGAGAAAAUCAAUCGCAAACCCGACAUGCUCUGCUGGACUUGCGCCGCAAGGCAAUACCAGUUGAUCGGCAGCGUCAAGUACUGUAUGAGUUGGUGGAGAAGUUCGAAAAGUUUCCACAAGAGAAAGCGUUCGCGAUAGAGGAGGGUGCCGUCGAGCUGCUUAAAGAACUGAAACACUCGACCGACCCGGCAAUAACACAACAUGCAAAGCUCGGUCUAGCGCUGCUUGGUUAUGUCCCGUCUCUACCGAGCGAGGGAAUUCGCAUCCUCAGCAUCGAUGGUGGUGGCAUUCGGGGCAUCAUUGUGAUGGAGCUGCUGCGCAAACUGGAACGACUCACUAACCGUAGAAUAUUCGAUCUGUUCGAUUUGGUGUGUGGCGUUUCGACCGGCGCUAUACUGGUGUGUGCCUUGGCUUCGGAAAAGGGACUCACACUGGCGGAAGGCAUUCACCUGUACAAAAAGAUAGCCUACAAGAUCUUCCAUCGUCCAUCAACGCUUGAUAAACUUUCAGGCGCUUCGCGCUUAUUUUCGUCUCAUGCUUACUACGACAUCGAACUGUGGGAAUCACUGCUCAAACGACAUGUCGGGUAUCGUCGCAUUAUCGACACGGUGAUGCUUCCAAAUGUGCCGAAGUUCUGCUGUGUUUCAACUACGGUUUGUGAUGAGCAUAUCGAUGCACAUGUGUUCCGCAACUACACGUUGCCACAGAACGUGCAGUCGGUCUACGCUGGGUCGCACACGGCGCGUCUGUGGGAAGUAGUACGAGCUUCAUCAGCUGCUCCGGCCUACUUCGGAGAUUUCCCGCUCAACGGCCAGCUGCAUCAGGACGGUGGCAUUCUGUACAACAAUCCCACAACCGUAGCCAUCCACGAAGCCAAAUGCCUUUGGCCGAACGAACGGAUCCAAUGUGUGGUAUCGUUCGGUACGGGACGCACCAGGGGCAAAUCAAACGAUGGGCAAAAAAUCAUCAGCCCCAACAUUCUCGAGCAAGCCUCAUUGUCCAGCUCGUGGAAGACGAAGUUCUUGCGCAUACUCGAUUCGGCCACCGACACGGAGGCGGCUCACACAGUGCUGAGCGAUUUGUUGCCACCCGGUCAUUACUUUCGCUUCAAUCCGUACCUCACCGAGUUCCUGUCCAUGGUUGAGGUUCGGCCGGAAAAGAUCGCCCAGCUGGAAAAGGAUACGGCAAUGUACUAUGCGCGCAAUGACGACAAGUUCGAGCAGGUGGCCGAUCUGCUGACACGCAAACGAUCAAUCGCACGCAAAGCGUACGAUGUUGCACGGCAUGUUUUCUAUCGCUAGCGGAUGAGCGGACCCGCUUAAAAGUGUGUUAACUACUGGAUUCCAAAGAUUGUUUAGUAUUCUAUUCUUACAGGACAAAAGUGGAAGAAGCUGUUAUUAAGAAGUAACUGGAAUGGAAUUAUUUAUUUUACACAUUUGUUUCCAAUGGACCAUGGCAGUGCCAACGAGCAUACCUCACACGACGGUGUACCAUUCAGGUUUUAUUUUGAUAGUAUGGACGCAUUAGUAUUACCUGCUUUAAUUUUGUGUUUAACGUGCACAUAUGCUUUGAACUUUGAAUCUGUUAUUGCAUUAUCAAGAAUUGUGUGAAUGUGUUUAUGUUUGAAAACUCUCAAAUAAAGUUGUGAA